GUCAACACAACAACUACAACAUAUGGCCCCAAAAACACACAAUUUUAAGGUGAACACAAAUUUUUAGCUUACAAGACAGUUGUAAAAAUAUAACAGGAAACAGCAGACUUGGCAUUAUUCACGGGACUCCAGACAAAAGCAGACGCAAUGUGGCGCCAGUGUUAAGUGGAGCAAAGUAGAAGCAGCAGUAGCAGCAACAAACAAAAAAUUCAUAUAAAAUAAAUACAACUAAAUAGAAAAAGAAAAAAAUAAUAAUAAUAAUAAUAAUGGCAAAUGUUUACAAAAAAAUGUGUGAAUGAAAAGAAGAGUGAAACAAAUGUGAAUUUAUGGCAGAGUGAAAAGAAGUUUUGCUAAGUAAAAAAGAAAACAAAAAAAGUUUAUAUUUUUUCUGCAAACAUCCAUGGAUGUAUGUAGUCGUCUAAUGCAACACAGUGUGUGAGCGUAUUGUAUGUUUGUUGGUUUGUGUGUAUGCGGGUAUGAAAGUUAGUGGGAGUUUUUUGUAACAGUACAACGGCUAAAAGGUGCAAAAUACCGUUAUAUUUAUAUCCCCACCCCCACGAAAAUUGUAACUUCUGUGACGAAUGUGAAAAGCCAAAACUCCAUUGCAUGACGGACAGAGAAAGAUAGAGAGAGAGAGAGAGAGAGAGGGCGAAAGAGCACAAUGGCCAAGAGAAAAUGAAAACAACGUAACUGGAGAGUAAAAUUUGUAAUGCCAGUUGUUGUUGAGUAGCUUAGCUUACAGCAACUGCGGGUCUCGGUGCUUAGUUCACGCUGUAAAGUCAUAUGAAUGGCAUGUUGUAACGGCUAAAUACACGGUAUGGCCAAAGGACAUUUUACAUUAUUGUCCUAGUCUUUGUCGACGUCGUCCUCGCUAACGCAGUGGUGGUGUGCUACUAGACUUCAGCCGCCGGUAUUACAAAAAUUGUCACACACACACACAAACACAUGUGCGCACAAAUAUCUUGGCUUUUGCAUAAUCAAUAGACGAAAUAAAAUAACAACCCUUUUUGAGAAAACAAAAAUUAUAACAAAUAAAUUUACCAAUAAUUAAAUAUUGUACAAAACAUAAAAUUUAAGUAUUUGAUGUGAAAAUUAAAUAAUAAUUGAAAGAAAAGAGUAAAAAUACAAAGUGUUUACCAAGUGUUAUCAUCUUUAUUCCCAUCGUCAUCACAUCACAUGUGGAAGAAUAACAAAACAAAAAAUAAAUAAAUAAAUAAAUGUGAAGAAAAAAAAAAAAACGUUCAUUUCCAACAAAACAAAGUAAACAAAUAUUACACACAAGAAGAAAAUACAACAAAAUAAAAGAAUACAAUUUAAGUAAAUAUCAAUUCGUUUUGCGGUUAAAUGUAAAUAAACAGCAGCAGCAGCAAGAAAACAAUAAACAAGAUGCGGUGAAUUUGCUGAUUUUUUAUAGAAGAAAAGAAAUCGACGUACAACAGUAUUAUACAAUUGUACAAAACAGACAUCAAAACAACAAGAUUCCACAAAGCGAAAGAACAUAAUCAAAACAAAAACCGAGAGAAAAAAGGUGCACAUUUUGGAAAUCCAAAUAAAUUGCAUUUUCCAUAAGAAAGUUUCUUGGCAACUCUAAAAAGGAUAAGGCGUUUAAUUGAUAUCGGUUUUUGAUAUUUUGAAAUACCUACAGAAGCAGUAACCCCAACAAUCUAAACAUCUACGCAGGACUUCAAUGGAAGCCAACAAAAAUUGAAUGCAGAUUGAAAAUAUAAAAUUCAAUUAGUUGUUAAAUAGUUAAGAGACAACAUUUGUCGCCUACACACAAAGCGGAAAAAAAUAAAAAUAGGCAACGUAUUCCACGAAAAUGAAACUUUUCAAAUAAACAAGCUAAUCAAAGAGCAUUCGACAAAGAAGUACCAACUAAAUUCUUUUAGGCAACAACAGCUUAAACAAGUGUUUUAGUGUUUGAGCGAUGGCAACGUUUGUCAUUCAAUUGAGAGCUACAAAUAUUGAUACUGUUGAUUUCAAUCAAUAGUUUGAUUGCAACAACUACAUCCGCAAAGGAAAAAGGGUUGUUCAACAACGACGGCAACAGCAACAACAACUUCGUUUGGUAUAUGUUAGCUUUCCUGUGAUUGAUGAUAUUUUUAUUGACGUUCUCGUCCGUUGGCUUGACAAACACUACUGCACUACUGCCUCCUUUUGCCCCGUCGUCUCCAAAACCUACACAGCAAUAACCUCUGGCACCGGUGAUGGCAAACGACGAAAUUUGAUGGACAAGUAGUAUUGCUGUUGCUGGUCUCCUCUAAGCCUGGCACCGGUUCCUGCCAGUCGCAACAUGACCGAUGUGUCAACGACACAACAGCAAAGCAACGCACUGACAAGUGCAAAAUCAAUAAAAGCCGCCAACGAAAUAUGUCACUCAACAGGCAACGGCACCACUUCCAAGAACCCCGGCAAACCCAAAACAUUAGCGAAUGGUUCAGCAGGGCGGGCAAGCGUUGCCACCACACAAGGCAUUAGUAGUCCAUAUCAAAUAGCCAGCCCAAGUAACCAGGUCGAGGAGAGACAUUUCACCGCCAACCCCAAUUGUAAUCGUUCCAUCCCCAAAAUGUCCAAUGCCGGUCUCAAAAGUCUUACAUCACCCACCGCCACCAAUACAACCACAACGCAAUCACUGUUAUCAAAUGCAAUGUCCGCCAAUCAAACACCAUCCAGCCCGUCCCCCGCCAACACAACUAAUCAAUUCAUAGAACCACCACAGCCACCAUUACCUGCCAUUGCCACCUGCCCCCCAUACGCCUUAGAAAGUGACAGCCACAGUACGUCCAUUUCAUCAUCUGAGGCCAUUGUUGCCUCCUCGCCAUCAACGACUGUAAUUAGUAGUAGUUGCAGUGGUGGCAGCAUCGGCAGUAACAGUCUUGUACCAGUCCAGCAUCCUCCGGCCAAGUCGCCCAUGCAACAUGAAGUCACGCAACAGGAUGUCGAUGAAGUGGCACGUUUGUACGAAGAAAAGCCGGAGGCCUUCGAGAAAUGGCUAAUGGAGCGGGCACCACCAGAAGCAUUGAUGCGUCUGCAGGAAUUCAUCGAAGGACGUAAACAUCCGCCCAAACGGCCAUCGGUAACAUCGGAUUUGUUUCAACAAUGGAUGGCAGCAUCGCCCGUGCAGAAAAAUCGUUCAUUUUCAUCAGCAUCAGCUAGCGGCAAUCCAGCCCUGGACAAUCGGCAACAUUUGAUGGAACUGGACGAAGGUGAACUCUUUAUGGAAUUGAUACGUGAUGUUGCCAAUGAAUUGGAUAUUGAUGUGCUGUGCCAUAAAAUACUGGUGAAUGUGGGCCUGCUCACACACGCAGAUCGUGGUUCGUUGUUUCUGGCCAAGGGGACACCCAACAAUCGAUAUCUGGUGGCGAAGCUAUUCGAUGUAACACAAACGACACCCCUCAAGGAUGCAGUGAAGAAGGCACGCUCCGAAGAAAUUGUCAUACCCUUCGGUGUGGGUAUUGCCGGCAUGGUGGCCCAAACCAAAGAGACGAUCAACAUUAAAGAAGCCUACCAAGAUGCUCGUUUCAAUUGUGAAAUAGAUUUGAAGACUGGCUAUAAAACGAAUACAAUACUCUCGAUGCCUAUUUGCAAUUACGAGGGUGAUAUUAUCGGUGUAGCACAAAUUAUUAAUAAAACCGAUGGAUCUCUGGAGUUCAAUGAACACGACGUGGAAAUAUUUCGCCGAUAUUUAACUUUUUGUGGUAUUGGCAUACAAAAUGCUCAAUUGUUUGAAAUGUCCGUCCAGGAGUAUAGACGUAAUCAGAUCCUAUUGAAUUUGGCUCGAAGUAUAUUCGAGGAGCAGAACAAUUUGGAAUGUUUGGUGACGAAAAUAAUGACUGAGGCUCGGGUGCUGUUGAAGUGUGAGAGAUGUUCGGUAUUUCUCGUCGAUUUGGAUUGUUGUGAGGCGAGUCACUUGGAGAAAAUCAUAGAGAAACCCAAUGAAGUGCAAAGACGUUUAAGUCACAGUAGAUAUAGCAGUGAUAGUUUGGACGAUAAGACAAAAACCAACAACCGUUUCACGGUACUUUUCGAACUGGGUGCAGCUAAUCAAUCGGCAAAUAUUUCACGCCCCACUGGCAAUGACUUAAGCAAUUCGACCCUGGCUCAAAUUGCCCAAUUUGUGGCCACCACCGGCCAAACUGUAAAUAUAGCUGAUGUUAGGGAAUGGGUGCAGGAGCACAAUCAAAUCACGGCCGAAAAUGAAAUUGAUUGCAUCAAGGCCAUAUUGUGCAUGCCCAUUGUCAAUGCUCAAAAGAGGGUGAUUGGUGUGGCCCAGCUCAUCAACAAGACGAACGGCAUGCCUUUUACCGAUUGCGAUGCUUCGAUAUUUGAGGCAUUUGCCAUCUUCUGUGGCCUGGGCAUACACAAUACCCAAAUGUAUGAGAAUGCCUGCAAGCUGAUGGCCAAACAGAAGGUGGCCUUGGAAUGUUUGUCAUAUCAUGCAACGGCACCACAGGAUCAAACCGAUCGUCUGGUACAGGAUGCCAUUGCAAGUGCGGAAUCGUAUAAUUUGUAUAGUUUUAAGUUUAUUGAUUUCGAUUUGUGUGAUGACGACACUUGUCGUGCUGUGGUCCGUAUGUUCCUCCAAUGCAAUUUGGUGCAAAUGUUCCAAAUACCCUAUGAUGUCCUGUGUCGUUGGGUGCUGAGUGUACGCAAAAACUACCGUCCGGUCAAAUAUCACAAUUGGCGCCAUGCCCUAAAUGUGGCCCAGACAAUGUUUGCCAUGAUGAAAACUGGCCGGAUGGAACGUUUCAUGAAGGACUUGGAAAUUUUUGGUUUAUUAGUGGCCUGUUUGUGUCACGAUCUGGAUCAUCGUGGUACGAAUAAUGCUUUCCAAACAAAAACCGAAUCACCAUUGGCGAUAUUGUAUACAACGAGCACCAUGGAACAUCAUCAUUUCGAUCAGUGUGUGAUGAUUUUGAAUUCGGAAGGAAAUAAUAUUUUUCAGGCACUAUCACCAGAAGACUAUCGACAUGUUAUGAAAGUUGUGGAGAAUGCUAUUUUGUCCACAGAUCUUGCUGUGUAUUUCAAGAAACGCAAUGCCUUCUUGGAUGUGGUGGAAAGUGGUGAAUUCGAUUGGCAGAGUGAGGACAAAAAGGAUUUACUCUGUGGCAUGAUGAUGACGGCCUGUGAUGUCAGUGCCAUUGCCAAGCCAUGGGAAGUGCAACAUAGAGUAGCCAAAUUGGUGGCUGAUGAAUUUUUCGAUCAGGGAGAUUUGGAAAAACUGCAACUGAAUACGCAACCUGUGGCAAUGAUGGAUAGGGAUCGCAAGGAUGAAUUACCCAAAAUGCAGGUGGGUUUCAUUGAUGUCAUUUGUUUGCCGCUCUACAAAGUGCUGUGUGAUACUUUCCCCUGGAUAACGCCCCUAUAUGAGGGGACCUUGGAAAAUCGUCGUAAUUGGCAAGAUCUAGCCGAAAAAGUGGAAAUGGGGUUGACUUGGAUCGAUCACGAUACCAUAGAUAAGCCGGUGGAGGAAUUUGCAGCCUGCAACGAUGAAGAGAUCAAGGAUAUCGAGUUCACAGUGACCACUCUAAACUGUCAUCAGCAGCACAGCGAUGACACUUCGACGCCCGAACAUCAACGCGGCAUUUCACGUUUAAGUAUGAAGAAAACUGGUGCUCUGGGUAAGGCCGUCAAAUCCAAACUAACCAAAACUUUGUACAACAGCAUGGAUGGUUCAAAGCCGAAAACAUCGCUGAAACUACUGGAAACCCAUGCCAGUGAAGAUUUAGAAGAUAAAAGUCCUACCAGCCCAUCACAACCCACAGGCCCAGGGGGCUCUACAGGUCAAAUGUCUGCAUCCUCGUCAAUAUCUUCGUCUUGUACGACCAACUCAAUGACCGACAAAAACAAGAAACGUUCUAAACUCUGUGCCCUUUUGUGACGAAAACCUUCCAAUUAGAAUCUAAAGUAAAUCUCUUCAAUGAUUUGCAAAAAAUAUGGAUUCUAAUUGGAAGUUGAUGUUUCAAAAUUGUCAAUCAAAAAACGAAAAAAAAAUCAGAGCUUGGAAGACAUUUUUGAACACCCAAUGCUGUGCUGUAGAUACAGUCUAAGGGAUAACUAAUUUUUGCAGAGCCACUAUUUUUGUAGAAACUGAAUUCUUUGGUAAAAUCUACAACAAACUAUUAGUAAUUAUUACAUAAAUAUAUACAAACAUAUACAUACAUAUGUAGGUGUCCUAUAUACAUACAUACCCAAACCAAGAACUAUGUCAAAACAAUUGUGAUGUAAAUCAUAGACAAAAUAGUAAAAUUAUAUCAAUUUCGUUUCGCAAACAACAGACCGUGUGUGAUGCAGGUUUGGAAGUCUUCUAGAAAGUUGUUCGGGAAAAGGACAUACAAGGAAAUUUGUAAAUGAAUGUUACGAAAGCGAAAUGGAAAAAUACAGCCAAUUCGGUUGGAGACUGUAGCAAAAACCCUCAAAAUACCGAUAAAGACGGGACGGGGCGUUCUAGGAAAAGCUAUAUAAAAUAGUGAAGCUAUUUGCAAAUUGCCUGUAGGAAAGGUUAUAAAACUUGAGAACUUGAAAUGAAUACUUUAAAUCGGUCCGACAUUCCACCAUCUACGAAUUCCUAAUAAAAGCUAAUUUGGUUCAAAAUUGUGACGGAUCCCUUCGAAAUACAAAAAAUCGGCCGUUAAAGUUAUAUAGUUAACUAACCCGCUCAUCUGUUUUGUAAAUUUUCAAUGGUGCAUGUAAACCAAUGUAGCAGAAGGACAUGAUUAUAGUGAUUGUUUGGUUCUCUCCUUCUGUCACCUUUCCCGCUAAGAGUCACUAUUUGAAACCAACAUAAGUUUUGUAAAAUGACACAUUCAACCGAUUUAACUCAGUUACAAAUAUGACAAGUUUAGUGAAAAUCGGUUUAGAUAUUUAUAAGCACCGUUAUAUUUGUCCCAACCGAAUUUACCUCAAAUUUAGAGGAAAUCCAUUCAGAUAUGUCGUAUGAAAAUACGUUAGUAAAUUUUUUUAUACCCUACAACACUAUGAGUUAGGGGUAUUAUAAGUUUGAUUGGGCCAAAAAUUAUGUAACACCACGAAAUAUUGGUUUCCACAUAGGAAAGUAUAUAUGGAUCUUCCUAUCUCGCCGAGCCGAGUCGAUCUAGCUUAUGUGUCCGUCCGUCUUUAAAUGUUAAUUUGUAAUCACUCUACAGGUCGCAAUUAUGGCCCGAUCUUCACGAAGGUGGAGUUGUGCUAAGAACCAGAAUAGAAGUCUAUUGUUUUUGGGUAUGAUCGCAUAAUAUUUAGGGGUUGAAAUGGACCAAAAACUGAAAAAAAUCCUGAUUUUGCAGUUGCUCUACAGGUCGCAAUUAUAGACCAAUCAAAGCGGAAGCUAGCAUGGGGCUAGAUAUUAGGGCUGGGCAGAAGCCUUCCGAUUCUUAUGGUCAUCGGGUAAUAUUUAGUGAGUGAAAUAGGCCACAACAUUUGUGUUAAAUAAAAGUAAAAAUUUCCAUUAAACCGCGAAUAUUUUUAAUCCCGGCGGAAUAACAAAUAGACGAACAGGUCAAUUCUGACCGCUAC